UAUGUCUUUCAGCUCCAGUCACAGGAAGCUGGCAGGGAAUUACCUUCAUGUGAAUAAAUUUUUGCUAGGAAAAAUAGAUGUGAAGUUUGGUUCAUCUUGGUUAUAAGAAGAAUUUAUGGAUUCUUAAGAUAAGAAGGACUAAAACACAUUUCAUCUGAUCAUCUGGAAGGCCUUACAGUACUGCUGUCAUUCAGCCCUGCCACUGCAAUGGAGAAUGAAUUUGUUUUCAGUAGUGAUACAGCAGCUUUAGAUCCAGCCACUGAUCCAGCAGCGGCCAUGAUGUUUCCAGAAUCUAAUGAAAAUGAGCCUGAAGGCUUAACGUUUUAUCACAUGGAUCUCUAUGAAUCAAAGGGAAGAUUAGAAAUCUUUCCUGAAGAACCAGCUGGAAGAGGAGAUGGGGCUCUGGGCGAAACCAGCGAAGAGUCAACAGGGCCAGGGGAAGAUUUUCGCAGUUCUGACCAAAGUGCAUAUGACUUGGAAAAGGAAGUUGAUGAACUAACAAAACUAUAUGGACUUGAUGAGGAUAAAGAAAUAGAUCAGGAGCUUCUUGGUGGGAAUAUAGCUAUAGCUGGGAUUUUAAAGAGCAAAGAGACACCAGCUCACAAGGAAGGUGUAGCAGCGGGAUCAUAUGGCUCCAUAUAUAAUGCACCGAAGAGCAGUUCACCAGUAAACGGCUCUCAGCAUGAAAAACCCAUGGAAAGCACAGAGGAACAGGAACUUCCUGGCAAGGAUUCUCAAGAUGAAUCUCAACCCCUACACAGUGCGAGAGCAUAUGAUGAGUUGCAUAAUCAUGCGAGUUCCAAAGAAGAGCUUAGGAGUGAUGACAGGCAAGAUGAGCAGAAUAUUCAACCAAACAGUGAAGAGGAAGCUGCUGAUAUUUAUUGUGCUACUUGCAAGAUUCCAAUUAGAGCCUUUGACAAAUUGUUUGGUGAUCAUAAGGACCAUGAGGUGACCCAACUUGCCAAUGCAGUGGAAAGUGCAAAGGAGGAGAUUCAGAAAAACAUGUGUAAAUUAGAAGAACAGGUUACUGAAAUGGAAAACUUUGCCAGUCACUUGGAGGAAAUUUUCAUCACCGUAGAAGAGAAUUUUGGGCGCCAAGAGCAGAACUUCGAGAUGCAUUACAAUGAAGUGAUGCAAACACUAACCCAGAGAUAUGAAGAAAAGGUAGAAGGCCUUGGGGAAGAGAAGAAACAGAAGCUAGAAGCCUUGUAUGGGCAACUGGUCAGUUGUGGAGAAAAUCUUGACACCUGUAAGGAGCUGAUGGAAACAAUUCAGGAGCUGUGCAAGGACAAGGAGAAAGCUGAUUUUAUUAAGGCUGCAAUACCCGUGGUCGACAGGCUGGGAGAAUUUUUAAAAAAAGAUAUGGAUUUAGAGCUUUCAACACUGCCAGACUUUGAAGACAGAGUUAUAGAUUUCUCUGAUGUUCAACAACUAAUGGAUUCCAUUAAUACCAUCGCAGCUCCUUCUGCUCCGGUGAUAAAUCCCCAAGCUCCCAACUCAGCGACUGGCACCUCUGUGAGAGUAUGCUGGGGCCUAUUCUCCGAUGACACUGUCGAAUUCUACCAGCUAUAUUAUAAACAAGUCAGUGACGACACACCUAGUGAGGAGCAAGCUGAGCACAUGCUAAAAGUGAAAGAAGCAUACUGCACAGUAACUAACCUGGUGCCAAAUUCACAAUAUGAAUUUUGGGUCAGUGCUUUAAACACCACCGGCGUCAGCCCAGUGAGUGAAAGAGCAGUUUAUGUGACAGCUCCUUCACCUCCUAUCAUUAAAAGAAAAGAGAGCCGAAGCUGUGAAAAUGGAGCACUUGUGUGCUGGGAAUCUGGAAACAUGAAUCCUGUUGACUCCUACACGGUUGAACUGUCCAAACUAACAAAUGGAGAGAAUGGAGAUAUCAUUACAGAAUCUAUUGUUGGAAUUCCUAACUGUGAAGCUCUAAUUCAACUGGAGCCAGGACAAAGUUAUAUUAUCUCUGUAAGAGCUGUAAACAUGGGUGGUCCAAGCGAGAGAAGUGAACCUGUCUCUAUCCACACCACAGGCACUUACUUUUAUCUUAAUGAGGACACUGCCCAUCCUUUGCUGUCUGUUCUAGAAGAUGGAUUAACAAUUGCUUGCAGUGAAAUAGAAAACCUAGAAUGUGAUUUGUCCUUCCGUGAUAACGGUUUUACAAGAUGUAUUGCUAUCCUGGGAAGCAUGAUACCAUUCCAAGGGAAACAUUACUGGGAGGUGGAAGUUGAUGAAAAUAUGGAAUACAGGGUCGGCGUGGCUUUUGAAAAUACUCACAGACACGGGUACCUGGGGGCAAACAGCUCAUCCUGGUGCAUGAGACAUAUUGUCACACCAGCAAGGCACAAAUAUGAAUUUUUGCACAGUGGGACAACGCCAGACAUUAGGAUUACAAUUCCCCCCAAGAGGAUUGGCAUCCUGCUGGACUACGACAACUGGAAACUGUCUUUUUUUAAUCUGGAUAUUGCACAGCACCUUUAUACAUUCAACAGUCACUUCCAGCAUUAUGUGCACCCCUGUUUUGCUUUAGAAAAACCUGGGCUCCUAAGGAUACGUAAUGGCAUUGCGAUGCCCACAUCUAUUACUCUUUUGUGAUCUAUGGCUUGAGUGGCAGCUGCUGAGAAUGGCACGUGUGUAACAAAUUGACAAAAGCCCUAUAUCACAAUCACUUUCUCCCUUUUAAGUACACACCGUUUAUGCUUCAGCAAAUAAUUAAAGGCCCAGUACUGCAUGCAGAACGCCUAUGGAAGGCACCAUCAGCUGAAGGCUUGCAGGAUCAAGCCUGCAGAUUGCUAUAUUUGUCCUAUGUCAUUCAGAGGCUUCAUAAGCUCAGAAAGUUUCUCACCUUGCUGGAGGUGGACAGGCUCAUGCUACCACACUAAAAAAAAGCAGUAUGGACACUGUGGAUUGGGCUGGAGCCCACGCUCUCAGGUCUAGGUAGCAGGAAUAUUUCUACCUGAGGUGAGAGCUCAAUCCCACCUGUAGUGUAGACAUUCACAAGCUUAUAAGGGUAUGUUCACAGAAAGAGAGGAAAUAGCUCCAGGGAUUGAGAUCCUGGGAAAUGAAAGUCUCUUCCUUUUAGGGCAUUGGUUUGAAUCCAGCCCAAGCUAAUAGUGACAAGCAGUUUGGUCAAUGGGAAAUUAGUCAGUAGGGUCAGCCCUGUUCUUAGUGGAGAGGAAUUCAGAUCACAAGAGCCAUCACACUUAGCUCCAUUGUCAGCAAUCUCCAGAGAGGGCCAGGUCCAAACAGGUAUGGAGAUUUACCUUCCUUGUCCUUUCCAGAGGUGAUCGCAUCAGCUGAGGUUUGACACACAGAGGGGACAUUUGAGUUGGGAGGUGAUAUUCCCUACCCAUGCUUCAGAGUAGCAGCUGUGUUAGUCUGUAUCCGCAAAAAGAACAGGAGUACUUGUGG